CACAAGUCAUGGAAAAAGAUAAAGACCAUGGUCCAGUGGUCGCACUGCAUCAUGUCCUUCAAGAAGAAAUAUCCCUGGAUUCAGCUGGCGGGACACGCAGGGAGUUUCAAGGCGGGAGCGAACGGCCGUAUAUUAAAAAAACACUGUGAAUGCGAGCAGCGCUGCUUGUCCCUGCUGAUGAACGACGUGCUUCGCCCGUACGUCCCCGGUUACCAUGGAGACAUCGAGAAAGACGGCCAGAAGUACAACCAGAUGGAGGAUCUGCUGGCUGAGUUCGACUCCCCGUGUGUGAUGGACUGUAAGAUGGGAGUGAGGACCUACUUGGAGGAAGAACUGACCAAGGCUCGGAAGAAGCCCUCCCCGAGACCCGACAUGUACCAGAAAAUGGUGGAGGUGGACCCGGGCGCACCCACGACAGAGGAGAACGACAAGAAGGCGGUGACCAAGCCGAGAUACAUGCAGUGGAGGGAGACCAUAAGCUCCACAGCCACUCUGGGGUUUAGGAUAGAGGGAGUCAAGAAAGAAGACGGGACGGUGAACAGAGAUUUUAAGAAAACAAAGACAAGAGAACAAGUCGUCACAGCGUUUAAAGAUUUUGUGAAAGGAAACAAAGACAUACUGAACCAGUAUCUAACAAGGCUAAAAGAAAUCCGAGUCACUUUGGAGACCUCCUCCUUCUUCAAAUCCCACGAGGUGAUCGGCAGCUCCCUGUUGUUUGUCCACGAUGGAAAAGGCAGAGCCAAAGUCUGGAUGAUCGACUUUGGGAAAACCACGCCUCUCCCCGACGGAGAGGAGCUAACCCACCGAGCGUCGUGGAAAGAGGGGAACAGAGAGGACGGCUACCUGUUUGGACUUGACAGUUUGGUGGACAUCAUUUCCUCCAUGGUGAACUCUGACACUUGAAGGCUGAGGGCAUAUACAGUAUAUAUAUAUUUAAUCCAAGUGAACUUCAUGCUUCCUGGAGGACCCCCUUCACUGACACUUAGGUGAAACUACGUCCUCCUGGCCCUCCCAGUUCCUCCCAGUUCCUCCCAAGUAAUAAUAACAAUGGCUCAGUUCCUCAUACAUUUUCUGAACACAAGAUUUAAUGUUAUGAAAAUGUAGCAAAGGUCAAUAAUUAAAACCCCUGCAGACUAAAUUUGACAAAAUAUUUAAAGCAAACGGCACCUAAUCCAAAUUAAAAGCAGUUAAAUGUUGAUGACAUUAAAUUGUAUUGUAAAUAAAUUCUAUGAAAGGUCCAACCAGGUAUUACUGGUCUUAUCAUAUUUUAGACAGGCUCAACUCUUAUUGUUAUUAACAUGAAUUUGUCUGUUUUUUAGUUAAAAUGCCAUGCACAGUUUGCACCUUUGUGAGAAUUAAGGACAAUCAGGAAUGUAACUAUACGACUUUUGUACUAAAGUAAACAUACGAGCCUAAUAAUCAGUAUCAGACUCUGUCCUUUAAAGCAGCUCAUCUUUGGUUUCUUUCCUAGAAUUUGUUUCUUCAAAUAAACAAACUAUUUUUUUUUUGUCAUGGGAAAUUUUUAGAAAAAUGUGAGAUUUCAGCACUUCCUGGAAGCACUUUGAAAAUAUUUUUAAAACCAGCACUUACUGUACAUUAUCCUUUUAUUAAUUUUUUUUUAACAAGAUGACAUAUUCUCUACAUUUGAUGCUCUAAAGUUACACACCCACAUUGACGACCUGGUAAAUUAGCAAACCACUGCCCUCCCCAACCCAAAGCAUGUUCUCAACGAAAAGGGUCUGCAUAAAUAACAGUUUACAAAAAUCACCCAGUUUGUGAUACUAAAAUUAGAAAGUUAAUUUUACAUGUGGCUAAAUGACUCACUUUGUUUGGCCUGAGCUGUUGUUUUCAUUUAUUUAUUUAUAUUGAAAAUCUUUUGCUCUGAUCGGCUCAUUCUUAUUAAUCAAACCACAGAAAGUAAAAGUACAGAUAGUCCAGUUUGUUCUCUUCCUCCUCAACAAUCUGGCUAUAAUUAAAGGAAAAACUCUCCCAGCUGUUGCAUUAUGAUUUUUUUUUUUUUUUUUUUUUGAGACAAAGCAUGAUGCCAAACCUUUCUGUUAGGUCACACAGACAGCUCACAGUGUACAGUGUAUAUUUUACUGUAAUAUAUUUGUAGUCAAAACAGGUGGAACACUUACAGCCUUGAACAAUCUUAUUUAAGCUAAACUGUGCCUUUACAUUGCAAAGCCAAGUAAGAAAACUAAAAAAAAAAAUGUUUUUUUUUUCUCCUAUUAUGUAUGUAGUUCUAACAUGAUGGGUGCAUGUUUAUUAUUCUUUGAAAUGUUUCAUUCCUGGUUUGUAAUUUACUCUGCUUUUAUUUAAGCCGUGUUGUAUUUAGUUUUAGUUCUGGAGGCUUUGAAAUGUAGUUUUUAUUUAGUUUUUCUUAGGCGAGGGUUAUUGUAUUGUUUUGUGUUGCAGUAGGAGUGACAUUCAAACAGUAGGUUGAACAAGGAGAUUAAUAUUUUUUUUAAAUUACUCAUAUUUGCCUCGUAUUUAAAUGGAAACGCAAGCGUUUUUUGUUUGUUUUUUACCGGCAGGUGGGGCGUAAAAAACGUUUUGUAUCGUAACCGCGGGCUUGAUGUCUUCGGUAAAAGUUUGCUGGUGACGAGAAGAGUGGGACCUCAACUCUUUGAGUGUUGAAUCAAAGUAAAAGGCAUUUAUUUGCUUCGUCGUGGAAGUGUAUUUGAGAAAAAACCUCCACUGCUGUGUCUGUACUUUAAAUUGGAAGCAUCUAAAAGUGAAAAUUUUGAACAAUUUCUUUAUGACCAACAACUUUACCUGAUGCCUGUUCUCCUCUGUGUGAUGUUUGAAGUAGGUGUCUGGUUUGUGUAUUUAUUCUUUGAAUUGUUCCUUUAAAAAAUACAGAUUUGGUAAAACA